GUCAAUUUGACUCGGUCCAUUGAUGAACUCAAAACGCUGUCGUUUUAGAAGCACACAAAAGAACUGGUAACCGUUAUAUGCUUGCUCCAUUUUUCAAUCCCCCACUCCCUCUUGUCUUCAAACCGUUUAAACCCCAUUUUCCCACCAACCCUUCUCUCUCUAUCUUUCUCUCUCUCAUGAAUUCAAUUCCAAUCAUUCUAUUCUUUAGUCUUUUUCACCAUUAGCGCUCUAAAAAGCUUAGCAGAAACAAACCCAUUUGUUAAAGAUCAAGAUUUUCAAUAACUAUGCUUCCAAGAAAGCUUCUUGUUUUCUUGUUUCUCUUAGUUCUCUUCAAUUCCAGAAACCCGUUUCUUGUAUUAGCCAAUUAUAAUACUGUGAGUUUUGAUUUCUCUUCUUUAACUCUCCGGAAUCUCACUCUUCUUGGCGAUUCUUAUCUCCGAAAUGGCGCCGUUGGUCUCACACGCGAUGUUACAGUCCCUUCUACAAGCUCAGGCACUGUAAUCUACAACGACCCAAUUUCAUUCUUCGACCCAGAAUCAAAUAAAACUGCUUCUUUUUCAACAAAGUUCACUUUCUCCAUUAAUAAUGUCAGUCCUGCUUCUUUUGGCGAUGGGUUUACCUUUUUUCUUUCACAAGAUAAUCAAACUAUUGGUAGUGCAGGUGGAUUUCUAGGGCUUGUUAAUUCUUCUCAAUCGAGCAAUAAUAAGUUUGUGGCUAUUGAAUUUGACACUAGACUUGAUCCCCAUUUCAACGACCCAAAUGAUAACCAUGUAGGUUUAGAUGUUGAUAAUCUUGAUUCAAUCAAGACUGCUGAUCCAAACUCGCAAGAUAUCGAUUUAAAGAGUGGGAAUUCAAUCACUGCUUGGAUCAAUUACAAGAAUGAUUUGAAGGUUUUGAAUGUUUUCUUGAGUUAUUCGAAUUCAAAACCCUCUAAGCCAUUAUUGGGUGUAGAUAUAGAUCUCUUUGGGCAUCUUAAAGAGGACAUGUAUGUGGGGUUUUCAGGUUCUACAGAAGGAAGCACUGAGCUUCAUUUAAUUGAGAGUUGGAGCUUUAAAACGUUUGGGUUUCUUCCUGUUAGGCCAAAAUCACAUCCUGAUAAUGUGUCUGAUACUUCAGUGACAGUAGAAGCACCUACUGCUCCUUUUUUGAGGUCUACUGAUAAGAGUCACAAAGGUCUUGGCUUGGGUCUUGGAAUUGCUGGUCCAGCUUUCUUUUGUGCUUUCUUGGUGGUUUUUGGCUAUAUUUCUUUCAAGAAGUGGCAAAAGAGCAAGAUUGUGAAGAGCUUAAAAGCAGAACUAGUGGCAGGGCCAAGAGAAUAUAGUUUUAAAGAGCUUAGUUCAGCCACAAAAGGUUUUCAUUCGAGCAGAAUGAUAGGAAGAGGCUCAUUUGGUAAUGUGUAUAAAGCUUACUUUCUCUCUUCUGGUAAUGUUGCGGCAGUUAAAAGAUCAAAGCAUUCUCAUGAAGGUAGAGCUGAUUUUAUUGCUGAAUUAUCUAUUAUUGCUUGUUUGAGGCACAAGAAUUUGCUGCAACUACAAGGUUGGUGUGUUGAGAAGAAUGAAUUGCUGCUUGUUUAUGAGUUUAUGCCGUACGGAAGCCUUGAUAAGAUGUUAUAUCAGGAAGCUGAAAAUGGUACAAUUUUAACUUGGUCUCAUAGGCAGAACAUUGCUAUUGGCUUGGCCUCUGCAUUGACAUAUUUGCAUCAAGAAUGUGAGCAGCAAGUAAUUCAUAGAGACAUAAAGACUAGUAAUGUAAUGCUGGAUGGGAAUUUCAAUGCAAGGCUAGGUGAUUUUGGGUUGGCAAGGAUAAUGGAUCAUGAUAAGAGUCCUGUAUCUACACUUACUGCUGGAACAAUGGGGUAUUUAGCUCCUGAAUAUCUUCACUAUGGGAAAGCAACUGAGAAAACUGAUGUUUUCAGUUAUGGUGUAGUGAUGCUUGAAGUGGCUUGUGGCAGGAGGCCAAUUGAGAGAGAAGGAGAUAGCCAAAAAAUGGUGAAUUUGGUUGACUGGGUUUGGGGGUUGUACAGUGAGGGAAAAAUUAUUGAAGCAGCUGAUGAAAGGCUAAAUGGCGAGUUCGAGGAAGAAGAAAUGACUAGGCUGUUACUUGUGGGAUUAAGCUGUGCUAACCCAGAUAGCAUGGCGAGACCUACAAUGAGAAGAGUCUUGCAAAUCCUUAAUGGUGAGGCUGAGCCUAUUAUUGUUCCAAAGAUGAAACCAACUCUCACUUUCUCUUCUUCCUUGCCUUUGAGUCUCGAAGAUAUUUUUUGUGAUUGUGAAUAGUUCAAGAUUCCCCAUCAACUUCCUGGAGCAGCUUUUUCAAUUUUUCUCGUGCAACACUUGCUAAUUGUUUGAUUCUUUCAGUUUUUGUCUACUUUCUGAUUGUAGCUUAGUUAGCUACACUGUAUACAAUGAUUAGAUAAUGUUGGAGUUCAAAAGCCUUAGUUCAAUACUGUUCUAUUGAACUAUGUGGUUACUACUGUAUCCUGCAGACAAACCAGUUUCUGUUAACACUUCAAAAUGUAUUUGAUCUUUGGAAAUUAUCAAUUGACAAGUUUUCCACUA